CUUUCGAAUAUUACGACUCGAUUAUUGAACUAGCGGGAGAAGGCGCUGUCAGCGCAAGUCAUUUCGAAUACGCCAUUUAAUCCCCUCCAGAACCGAUCGUCGCGCGAUCCCCUCGCGCCGCAAGCCAAAUGGGGUCGACAAAUUUUGGCAAUUUCGACGCGUUCUGUCGCGAUUCGACCUUGCCGGUUUGCAAUGUUCUUUCUACAAAUCAUGACCAACGAGGUUUCGGUGGUUGCGAUUUGCAAGGCAUACCGUUGUCUGGUGGCCGGUAUCUAGGAAAUCUAGGGUCCAUAUUACUAUGCGGCGUCGCUAUUGUCGUGUCAGCUUUACUGCUGUUGCGCUCGGAGAGAAAGAAGGCUGCGGUCGGUAGGAGAGAAAUGCAAUUAUUCCUUCUCGGUUAUAUAAUCAUGGAAAUAUGCGAAAUAUUUACCGUUGGGGAGUUCCCUCUCAGUGGGACAGUCCGGGUGGCCUUCACCGGAAUCCAUAUUGGAAUGAUAAUUGCAAAUACAUGGAUUUUGUUGCUUAAUGCUGUCGUGGGCUAUCAAAUCCUUGACGACGGAACGCCGCUCUCGAUAGGACUAAUGCUCAUUUCCGGCGCCGUUCUCUUCGUCGGGACUGGCUAUAUCACGCUCGACACGGGGUAUCAUUGGACGAACGAGUUUACUCCGGAUCCGAACAAUCAUUACCGGAAUAUCGCAUUAUAUGUCCUCUAUCAACUCGCGCCGCUUAUCUUUCUCGUAGCUUUCUACGUUUUAGAGGCCGUGCUCGUGCUCCGAAUCCUUGGUGAGGUCCGACCGAUGAUCUAUCUUACAGGUGCUGCUCUUCUUUUCGCCAUAGGACAGAUCUUCAACUACGUCAUCAGCCCUUACAUCUGCAAUGGAACGUCGGGCAAGAUUGACGGAGCGUUGUUCGAAACGCUCUUCACCCUGCUUUCAGUAGUGAUGAUCUGGGUAUUCUGGUCGAGUAUCACAGAAGAUGACUGGCCGAUUGCCAGCCAGCCUACGGGAUACCCUUAAUUCUUGUCCUUCUUUUUGACUACGGAGUCGGCGUUCAGGUUCACCAAUAUACCCGUUCAUGUUCGUUUCUUUUCAUUCCUUGGAUGCGUCCUAUAAAUGCGUCGUCUCGAGAGAAACGGCGAUAAAAAAUACAUCGAAGAUUUAAUCACC